AUGAAGGUGGAGUUGGUGGUUGUGGUAGUGGUGGUAAGGAUGGCGCUUGUGGAGGUGGUGGUAGUGACAACAUGGUGGUGGAGGUGGCAGCAUGGUGGUGGUGGUGGUGGUGUUGGUUGUGGAGGUGGUGGUGGAUGUAGAGGUUUUGGAGGAGGUGGUGGUGGUGGUGGUGGUUGUGGUGGAGGUGAAGGUGGAGUUGGUGGUAGUGGUGGUGGCGGUGGUUGUGGCGAUGGCAGUGGUUGUGGAGGUAGUGAAUGUGGUGGUGUAAGUGGUGGAGUUGGAUGUGGAAGUGGAGGUGGUGUUAUUUUUGAAAAUGAAUGA